AUGGAACUUUUGAUAGCUGCACAAUGUUCGGAAUCAUUCGACGAACUUCAGCAAAAGUUUAAAGGAAGUCUAGAAAUCUUGGAAACUUCAAGUUCCAGUGAUGAUCUGAAAAUUCGAAUAAUCGAUCGAAUUUGCUAUUUAUUAUACCAGGAUUCGAAUUUCGGACUGGUAAAAGAAGAGAGUUCGAAAAAUCGGAAAAUUGUAUUAUUUUUGAGAAGAUUAUGUAAAUUAUGGAUCGAUAAAAUUGAAGAAUGUGAGUUUUUUUUGCGAAAAGGGAAGGGAAACUUUUUUCGGGGAAAAAAUGAUGAAAGUGCAACAAAAACUAGAUUUUUUCUGAAUGUGAGUUAUGACGUGGCAAAUUUUGGAGGUAAAAACUAGCUUCAAAGAUGAUUUUCAUGAAAAUUUGUUCUUCAGGAGGCUGAGCUAACAGAUUCUAAUUGAAAAUCAUUUUAGACCUUAGUUUUCACUUCCUAAAGUCCUUAUUUUUUGAAAUUCUCCCAUUUUGCCACGUCAUAACUGAAAUUUGAAGGUUUUCCUCAAAAUCCACUAGAAAAAAAAUAUUUUUCAUCAAAAAUCUUUUCUUUUUUAGUUGCACUUUCAUCUUUCGCCGCAAAAAAAGUGCAAACAUUUCGAAACAUUUUCGUAUUGUGUUGUAAAAUGAAGAAAUAAAAGACAAAUAUUAUCGAGAGGGGUCAAAGUUUCACAGGGAAAAAUUUUCAGACAAAAAUUCAAAUUCGGAUUUUUUGGCGGGUGAUGUGAUUUCGAGUUGUGCAGUGGAGCGCAUUUUCUCAUCGUGGUUGAUUAUUUGUGAAUUGUUGGGAGAAUCUGCGAUUUGUGAGUUUUUUUUUGGCAAUUUUCAGGCCUAGGCUCAUUUUGAAGCCUGUUUUAAGGCCUAGGUCAUGUUUAGGCUCAUUUUGAAGCCCUUAAACAGGCCUAGGCCAUGUUUAGGCUCAUUUUGAAGCCCUUAAUCAUGCCUAUAAGUCUCUAAAACAUCAAUUUUCCAGCCGAGAUCCAAAAAUUCGCCAAAAUCUACCCGACAACUUUGGAUUUCUGCCAAAAACUAUUGAAUAACGAUGAGCGAUGUCUAACCACAAUUAUCCUACUCUUACCGUAUUCUUCUCGAGGUCUCGAAGCGAAUUCAAUUUUCCAUGCACCUUUAAUUGUUCUCUCUAUAUUUUUUCUGGUCGAUUUUGACACUGCGAUUAUUAUCGAUUGGUUGAAUUCGGAAUUGGUGGCGAUUUCAGCGUUUUUGAGAAUUUUGAAAAGUUUUGAGAGAAAUUGGGAGACUUGGAGGAACAUAGAUGUUGAGCAAAGGUAAUUUGAGAAAAAUAAUUUGAAAAUUUUGAGAAAAUCCAAUUUUUCAGCAUAAUAAUCACCACAACUUCUCAAAAAACCACUGAAGUUUCUCAACCGAAUCAGAAGCUGGAAUUGAAUAUCAUCGAACUUAUUGGCCAUCAAAAAUCGUCAAAAUCCAUUCAAAUUUCAAGAAAAUCCCAACAAAUCCAUGGAUCAAAUCAUCAAAUUCAAAUUCAUUGCAAUUUUGCCACGUGUCAUCGCAGAUUUCAAAAAAUGCUCGAAAUUCUUGCGGAGAAACUGGAAGCCUUGCGAAAACGUCGACUUGUCCCCGAGAACUACACGAGAAUAAUUGCGUUGUGUUUGAGAGUUGCGAAAUUAUAA